UAAGCUUAUACUUUUGGCCAUUCACCAGGAAAGACGUGAGUGCGGUCAGCAACUGCUACAAUGAAGACUGUGUCACACAACAUGAUGUUCUUAGAGACCUAGCUAUCCAUUUGAGCAGCCAGGAGCCAAUAACAGAAAGGGAAAGAUUGAUUGUGGACAUAAGUGGAAACAAACUACCAAACUGGUGGAUUAAACAGGAGCAACAACUCAUCAAUGCACGUUUAUUAUCUAUCUCAACUGAUGAAUUGUUUUCAUCAAGUUGGUGCAACAUUCAAGCACCCAAAGUUGAGGCUUUAGUUCUGAAUUUUCAAACAAGGAAUUACACCUUACCCGAGUUUCUGGAGAAAAUGGCUGAACUGAAGGUCAUAAUUAUCACUAAUUAUGGUUUUUUUCCGGCUGAAUUAAGCAAUUUUCAGCUACUCAAGUCUCUCCCCAAUCUAAAGAGAAUUAGAUUGGAGAAGAUUUCAAUUCCUUCCCUUUGCAAUGCCCCUGUACCAUUGAGAAGUGUGAAGAAAAUAUCGUUAUUUAUGCGUAAUAUUGGUCAAGCUUUUGGGAAUUCUACUAUACAGGUUUCAGAUUCAUUGCCAAGUCUAAUGGAGAUAAACAUUGACUAUUGCAAUGAUCUAGUGGAAUUGCCUACAUGGUUGUGUGAGGUUCUCUCCCUAGAAAAACUCAGCAUCACCAAUUGUCAUAAGUUGUCUGCAUUGCCUGAAGGUAUUGGAAACUUGGUGAAUUUAGAAGUGCUAAGGUUUAGGUCUUGUACCGAAUUGUCAGAGUUGCCAGAGUCAAUCAGAAGUCUCCAUAAGUUACACAUCCUUGACAUAUCUGACUGCCUAAGCAUUAUCUGGUUGUCAAAACACAUUGGUGAGUUGCAUAAUUUGAAAGAGCUACACAUGAAAAGUGCUUGAAAUUGCGUAAGCAGUUGCCACCAUCAACUGUUGAUCUCAAGCAGUUGAAGCUUGUGGUAUGUGAUGAAGAGAGGGCCAAAUUAUGGGAGCCAAUCAAGGAAAGUUUCUCUGGUUUAAACGUAAUGGUGGCUAAGGAAGAUAUCAACUUGAAUUGGCUUCAAAAAUAAGGAUCUCUGAGAACUGCAUUUUCUCGGAAAUUUUUGUAAGUUUUUUAAUUUUAGAUUGUUCCCUUCCAUUGUUUG